CCACCAGGAACACUUGGAAGAUUCUCAAUACGAAGUGCUCAGUCACUGAAGUGCCUGCCCUGCACCACUCAUUCCUAGACCGUACCAGUGUAAAUCAAAACCCUACUUUGGUUCAGCACUUACCUGCAAGUCUCGGGUCUUUACAAAGAGCAUGUUACCAAUGCCGUUUCUCUGCUCCAUUGUCUGGUUGCACCGGGGGAUCAAGCUAAAGAAAGUGCUUUAUUUCUCAAACACAGGCCAGGUCUGAGUUUCAACCAUUCACACCGACACUCAAGAGUUCAGUCAUGCUUCUUAGAUUUAGUUGAAAAUUCCUGAAUAGUGUUGCCAUCACAAUUAGCAUCCUCAACACUCUGGCACUUCACUGCCCUGGUCAGUGUGUAUCAUAGUUGGACAUCUUUGCACAUGGCUGUAGAGGGCUUCCAAUUCAUAGCGCUUUAUGUCUAUAACAAAGACUGGGAGGAGGACCUUGACCUCCAGUCAGGGGACAUACUGACCGUCAGCAAGACGUCACUGACAUCCCUUGGGCUCAAGGAUGGGGACGAGGAGCACCCGGAUCGCCUGGGAUGGAUGGUGGGAGUCAACAAGCGCACCAAGCAGAGGGGAGACUUCCCUGGGACAUAUGUCCAGUAUGUGGGGCCUGUGAAGAUGUAUGUGGCGCCCAACCAGCCUCUGCAGCAGAGACCCCUCCCAGCAGCCCCCAGGCCUCAGCCUCCCCCAGCACAGCAAGGGACAUCAGCUCAUGAGUUUGUCCAGCCUUUUCCACCCCCAGAAAAUGCCCCCCCCACUUUGGUGAAGUUGGUAGAGGCCAUUGAGAAAAAAGGUUUGGAGUGCGAGACACUGUACAGGAAGUCUGGCUCCUUGGCUGCUGGCGGUCAUAGACAGAGCCUGAAUUUUGAGCUCUCUGAGCCUGAGAUGGGCCAGUACGACGUCCAGGCGCUCUCAGAGGCCCUGAUGGGAUUCCUGCAGGACUUGCCCUCCCCCAUCAUCCCAGAGUCUGUCUAUCCCAGCCUGAAGAUUGCCCUGCAAGAGGAAGCAGAGCUGUCCGUCGAGGAGACAGGCAAGCGUUUGCUGAAGGCGCUGGAGCCACCGGCCGUGCCCCUGCCAGGCCUGCUCACCCUGCAGUACAUGCUCAGACACUUGGACCGAGUGGGCCAGAGCUCGGCCCACAAUGGCCUGGACCCUCACACCCUCGCACUCCUCUUCAGCCCUCUGCUGCUCCCCGCUGGGUCAGAAGAAGAUUGUCAGGUUUCUGCCCAGGUGCUGGAGAGACUGCUGGUGGUGAGUGCCUGGGAGCUGGAAGAAAUGCCACCAGCCCUACCUCCCAAACCUUCCAAAACCAAAGCCAUGGCAUCCUCUGUGAUCAAUGGAGACGGCAGCAAGAUGGCCGAUGCAGAGUGGUACUGGGGAGACAUUUCCAGAGAGGAGGUGAAUGAGAAGAUGAGAGACAUGCCGGAUGGGACUUUCUUGGUCCGAGACGCCUCAAGCAAGGUGCAAGGAGAAUACACAUUGACUCUCAGAAAAGGAGGAAACAACAAGCUGAUCAAGAUCUUCCACCGAGGCGGCAAGUACGGCUUCUCUGAGCCGCUGACUUUUUCCUCUGUGGUGGAGCUCAUCCUGCAUUAUCACCAGGAGUCGCUGGCCCAGUACAACCCCAAGCUGGACUCACGGCUACUGUACCCCAUCUCCAAAUAUCAGCAGGACCAGGUGGUGAAAGAGGAUAACGUGGAAGCAGUAGGAGAGCAACUGAAGGUGUACCAUGAACAGUACCAGGAGAAGAGCCGGGAAUAUGACGUCUUGUAUGAAGAGUACACUCGCACCUCUCAGGAGUUACAGAUGAAGCACACGGCCAUCGAGGCCUUCACCGAGACCAUUAAUAUCUUUGAGGAGCAGUGCGAGACCCAAGAGCGCUACAGCAAGGAGUACAUUGACAAGUUCCACAGGGAGGGCAACAGCCAAGAGAUUGAGAGAAUCCAAAGUAAUUCAGAUAAGCUGAAGUCUCGUGUGACUGAGAUCCAUGACAGCAAGCGGAAGCUGGAGCAGGACCUGAAGGAGCAGGCGACGGACAACCGAGAGAUCGACAAGAAGAUGAACAGUCUGAAACCAGACCUCAUGCAGCUGAGGAAGAUCAGAGACCAGUACCUGGUGUGGCUCAAUCAGAAGGGCACCAGACAGAAGAAGAUUAACGAGUGGCUUGGGAUCAAGAACGACGUGGAAGACCUAUAUUCUCUGGUGGAUGAGAUGGAUGACCUGCCGCACCAUGACGAGCGCACCUGGUACGUGGGCGACAUCAAGCGCGGCCAGGCCGAAGAGCUGCUAAAGGGCAAGGGUGACGGCACCUUCCUGAUCCGAGACAGCCAGUCCCAGAAGGGCUCCUAUGCCUGCUCUGUAGUCGUGGACGGGGACGUCAAGCACUGUGUGAUAUUCAAGACCUCCACGGGCUACGGUUUCGCCGAGCCUUACAACCUGUACAGCUCCCUGAGAGAGCUGGUUCUCCACUACAGACACACCUCCCUGGUCCAGCACAACGACUCGCUGAAUGUAACUCUGGCAUGUCCUGUCCUAACCCAGCAGCAACCCAGAUGAGACGCACCGUCACCCGGGCACGGCCCGGCACAGAGCAAAAACACACACAGAACUGAGACCACAAACCCUCACUUUUCCCAACAAAAAAGCAAACAGCUUUCUGAGCGUUGGGUUUGACAGGAGUGGAAGUGGCAGAUAUAAUGACUGACUGGGUUUUGACUUUGAAGAGACCCUCCUGUAAAUGUUAUAUUUUUGUUAAAUCUUUUAGGAUAAAAAUAUUUUGACUAUUUUAAAGUAACUGCUGUAGAUUCCAUUUUCCCUUUUAAUGGAGGGAAUUAUUUUUUAAAUCGACUUGUUAUGGGUGCCAUUUUGGGGGUGUAGUAACUUUUUUCAACAAUUAGAGGUGUAAGGGUUUGACAUGGAGAACAAAAAUACCUAACAGACUUUCUGUGUUUUGUUGCAAGUUCAUAUUAAUACACAUUUUCUCCCACAGCGCUAUGGGACGCAUACAAAGAAAGCAUUCUCCUUUCUGUGUACUCAUUGUUAUGUACCCUAUCACAUAAAGACAAAAGAAGACAAAGACAAAAUUCAGUACCAAUGUGUUAAACAAAAAGAUGAAUUUGUCUUUUUCUGAAAGCUUAAAAAAAACAAAUCUAUGUAAGAGUUUAAAAUAGUUUGAGGUUGAUGAUAUUAGAUGCGGGCAUGGCCCCUGGUGUAGCUUGAGGACACUGCUGGAGUUGCAGUCCUUGAUGGUGGAACACUUGGUGGUGAAAGUGGCUUCUCUUAUAAUCCUCGGUCUUCCAUUCUCUCUCUGUAGAUCAGAGUCAGUGUGGAUGCCUUGCCCCAAUCAGAUGCCAAGUGUUUUGUACAGCACUGUGUAUGAAACUAGAAAUCUGAAAUGGACCUUGCUAUUGAUUGCCUUGGCGCAGGGAUGGGUAACUCCCUGGGACUACUGCCACUGACUGCUCAGAGUGCACACAUCUGAUUUCCCGGGUCAGGGCUCAGUGCACACAUUUGGUUUCCCAGGUCUCAAUCAGUAGCUGACUUAAAGGAAUGAUUGAAAGCCAGCAGACACUCUUGAGGACCGAAGUUGCCCACCCUUGCAUUACUGUGUGUAUGAUGGCGGUGUUGGAUUUGUGCAUGGUGGAAAUGGAUUUCCGUUCAUAUUUUAUAGUUGUGGAUAGAUGGUAGAUCUUAUGGUGGUUGUGUACCAGAUAUAAGAAGCAUUGUCUUUUCACUACAUAUUGGGUAUGCAGUAUGCAUCGCAGUAUUCAGUCUCUCAUUAAGGUAUUAGUAGCCUAAUUCCACAAUUUACUUAAUCGGACCUUACCUGCCACACUUCGUGAAUGAGCUUCUUUCCCAGAAAACAAGUUGUACUUUAAUGCUAACAUAUAUACACCAGAUAUUCUAGGUAGACUUGAAACACUACUUUGACAAACUGAUUAGUACUAUGCAGCGAGUUUGACAUACAACUUCACGAAGCAUCAUCAACAUUGAUUUUGAUUCAUGAGAAAUCACUGAAUGAGUGAUAACCUUUACACUUGUCAUGUAUUAAUCAGACAUUGGUGCAUUUUAUUGCUCACUUUUAGGAGUGGUUAGAUUGCCGAUCAUGUUGGGAUUAGUGUAAAUCAACCUUUUAUAGCUGACAACAAUGUUGAUGUUAAUCUGGUUAACCUGUUUCUUAUGUUUAUCUGGUAGUUAGGUGAAAAGUGUCUCCUUGGAGAGAGAUGACAAUAAUAGUCUGUGGACUAUUUACUGAACAUAGCUUUCAGCCAGAGUCCUGCUCAGUUAGACUGUCCUUCAGGUCAACGGAUCUUUGAAAACUGGGACAAUCUAGUUUAGUUUUUUUGGCAAGAGAGGGUGCUGUAUAAAAAAGAGAGUAAAAAAUAUGUUUCUGGUUUGUUUUCAAAUUGCACACGGUGGCUCUGCAUGCAGUGUAAGACUACGUAGGCCCUCCACUGACAUGACCACAGCCAGGUUAAGACUAGCUGAAGAUUGUACGCCAGAUAAUGUUA